CAUUGUUGCUUUCAAUGGUGGUUUGUCCACACGUGUUCUUUAGUGACUGCCUAUAUUGUUUAAACCUAUUUUGAGUGAUUUUUUCCGGUUGACAUUUGAAAUCUAAAUUUAAAUAAAAUGGGUCGCAAAGGUAAUUUUGUUGAGAAGACUCCCAGUGGUCCGGGUAGGAAAGCGAAAAAACAGAAGCCCCCAACUCUACCAGACCAUUUAAAAGAAGCGAAAGAACCAAGAGAAACUUUGGGUAGGCGGUCACAGAAACGUGCGGCCAAACGCAGUGCUGUGAAAGCUGGAACAGCUACCCGUAAAAAACCUGCCAAGAAAAAUAAAGCUGUUCCCAAUGAGUCUCUUGACAGUGAAGGCAUGUCAGAUGACGAUGGUGAAAGAAAACAACUCUUCGAUGAUGGAGAUUCAGAUAGCAUGGGAGGACAAAGCGAAGAUGAUGAACCUUUAGAUGACAACUUUAAGGGAAGCUCUGGAGACAGUUCCGAUGAUGAUGAGGAAGAGUUACCUAUUGAAAAGAAAUCAAAGCAGCUCAAAUUGAAAAAGAAACAAGAAGAUGAGCUAGGAGAAAAAGAAUUGCUGAUGAAUAUUCAGCAAUCAGAAAAGUACACCCUUCCAAGUGGGGAAGAAAUAGAGAAAGAAUUGCUAUUGCCGCCAGACCUGACAAUUUUGAAAUCAAGAAUUAAAGAAGUUGUAGGAGUCUUGAGUGAUUUCACUAUCAAACGCGAAGAGGGUCGUGACAGAGUCGAAUAUCUUGAUCAACUACGUAGAGAUCUCUGUUCUUAUUAUAGCUACAAUGAUUUUCUAAUGGGAGCCUUCAUGGAAACUUUCCCACUUGGUGAAUUAAUCGAUUUCCUUGAAGCCAAUGAAACUCCUAGACCUAUGACAAUUCGUACCAACACUUUAAAAACGAGAAGACGGGAUUUGGCGCAAGCUCUCAUUAACAGAGGAGUGAAUCUCGACCCAAUAGGUAAGUGGUCGAAGGUUGGGCUUGUGAUCUAUAACUCGCAGGUACCAGUCGGUGCCACCCCCGAGUAUCUAGCUGGUCACUACAUUCUACAGGGAGCUUCCAGUUUUUUGCCUGUCAUGGCUUUGGCGCCCCAAGAAGGCGACAAAGUACUUGAUAUGAGCGCAGCACCUGGUGGAAAAACUUCACACAUUGCUGCCCUUAUGAAAAAUACGGGUAUGCUCUUUGCAAACGAUGCGAAUCCUGACCGAGCCAAGGCUGUCGUUGGUAACCUCCACCGUCUUGGAGUUACAAACGCUGUCGUGAUGACCUACGACGGAAAAGUUCUGCCCAAGAUGAGUAGGGGAUACAAUCGUGUAUUGCUGGACGCUCCCUGUAGUGGAACAGGUGUCAUUUCUAAAGAUCCUUCUGCAAAAACAUCUAAAGACAGCAAAGACAUCAACCGCUGCUCUCAUCUUCAAAAAGAACUUAUCCUUGCCGCUAUAGAUUGUGCCGACGAAGGUGGAUACAUUGUAUAUUCAACUUGCUCCGUUCUUGUCCAAGAAAACGAAUGGGUAGUAGAUUACGCAUUGAAAAAGCGACACGUCAAGGUUGUAGACACUGGGCUCGAAUUUGGACGGGAAGGCUUUCCCCGAUUCCAGAAAUUAGUGUUCCACCCAUCCGUAAAGUUAUGCAGGAGAUUCUACCCCCACACCCAUAAUAUGGACGGUUUUUUCGUAGCAAAACUAAAGAAGAUAUCAAAUAACAUCCCGUCAACAGCCGAGGAAAUUGAAGAAGAAGAACCUGCUGAAGAGAAGAACAGCAACGAUUCUGAUGACGACACGUCCGCAAAGAGCAGAAGAAUGAAGAGGAAAAAGGGAAGCAAAGCAAAUGAUUCUAAUAACAAAAAUUCAAACCCAAAAAUUAAAAAGGGAAGUGAUGCGAAACAUGAGAAGGCCAACGGGGUCGCUAAAACAGUCAAACCCUUCGAACGUUAUCAGUUAUUCGAUAUUUCCGUUUUGCCGACCUGCUUAAGUCGCUAUAUGACACGUAUCAAUUCCCGAAGGUGGGAAAGCCAGAACUUUAACGGCCUCAAUCAGUAUAGCUAUAAGAGUCCGAUAUUCUAUUCCGUCAUGCACCUACUUGUACCUCAUAUCGUGCACGAAAAACCAAGUAUUUAUGUGCUCAUGGUAGUUGGAAUCCUUUCCUCGCUGCUGAUCGCGUUCUUCUGGGAUGCCACUAGCUACGUCAACGGCGAAGAACACAGCACAGGACUACUUACCUUGCUGUUUUUCUUAUCACUAGUCGAUUGCUCCAGCUCUGUUCUUUUUAUGCCCUUCAUGGCCCGAUUUCGCCAAGCUUACCUGACGUCUUACUUGAUCGGCGAAGGACUUAGCGGCUUCCUUCCUAGCAUUUUCGCUCUGAUACAGGGUGUCGGUGGCAAUCCAUCGUGCCGGAAUACAUCAGCUAUUAUCAAUGGAUCGGAAUCAUGGCAAGUGGAGGCUUUCUAUCCUGAGCCAAAUUUUUCGGUUUCAGCUUUCUUUUUCAUCCUAAUGGGACUCAUGGUCUGCUGCGCAGCAUCUUUCAUCGGACUUAACCAUUGUUCUGUAGCACGACGGGAGCGGUAUGAGUCGGUAGCUACCCGGAUACCUGUAGCUAUUGAUAAUCAGACUUUCGUUGCGUCAUCCGAAUUAGUUGACCCCACGUUCAAUGGUAAAUCCACCAAGAUAAAUUACCAUGUAGAAUUGGACACGGUAAGCGAAGAACAACAAAGGGUCAAUACGGACAUACCCAAAUCUGUCUUUAUCUAUUUGUUGACGUUGCAAGCUUGGGUAUGCGCCCUCAGUAAUGGAGCUCUACCCAGCAUCCAAAGCUACUCAUGUCUACCCUAUGGAAACACGGCCUAUCAUUUUGCCGUUACUUUGUCGGCGAUGGCGAACCCACUAUCUUGCCUUAUUGCAUACUUUCUACCUAUUACCAAUGUCUGUCUGAUAGCCAUGUUUGCAUUUUUGGGCACUUCGGUCUCGGCUUACAUAAUUGCGCUUGCGGCGCUAAGUCCAGUACCUCCGCUGAUCGGAUAUCCUUCGGGAGAAACACUUAUGAUUACCUCCUGGAUCCUCUGCGUCGGUCUCCUUACAUACGUCAAAGUCAGUAUUGCUUCCAUCUUCCGGAUGGAAGAAGGGAAAGGAGAUCAAAACUUGUUUUGGUUUGGAGUAUUCACACAAGUGGGAUCGGCAAUUGGCUCCAUCAUUGCCUUCCUCUUAGUAAAUGUCUAUCAAUAUUUCGAGGCAUAUUAUCCAUGCACAUAAAUAGUCGUGUCUACAAAGCUAUAGAAAAACGCAAAUUGAUAUAAGAGUUUACAGAA